GUCCUUCUCUGGUCGGCGUGGUGAGGAAGGACUGGGCAUCUGACAACAGUAUCGCCCUCUCCUGGCCGGAGGCAGAACAGCAGCCUAACGUCAUACUGGACUAUGAGAUCAAGUACUACGAUAAGGAACAGGAACAGUCGGGAUACUCAUCGACCCGUACCAAGGCCCUCAGCGUCAUCGUGACCGGUCUCAAGCCCUCCACCGUGUACGUGUUCCACGUGCGCGCUCGCACCGCCGCAGGCUUCACCGCUUACAGCGACACGUUUGACUUCUCCACCGGGGACGAGGACUCAGGCAUGGCAGCUGACCAUAGGCAGGUGCUAGUGGUUGUCACGGCAGCCGUGGGCGGGUUCUCCCUGCUCAUCAUCCUCACCCUCUUCUUCCUCAUCACCGGACGGUGUCAGGGGUUCAUCAAGGCUAAGAUGAAGUCAGAGGAUAAGAGGGCCGACUUUCACAACGUGCUUCCUUUCCCUGGUAUCAAGACGUAUGUGGACCCUGACACAUAUGAAGACCCAACGCAGGCUGUCCACGAGUUCACCAAGGAGAUAGAUCCUUCUAGAAUACGCAUCGAGAGGGUGAUAGGAGCAGGUGAGUUCGGGGAGGUGUGCAGCGGGCGUCUGCGUACGCCGGGUCAGAAGGAGAUCCCGGUGGCCAUUAAGACCCUGAAGGGAGGCUACGUGGAGCGUCAGAGAAGAGACUUCCUCAGAGAGGCCUCCAUCAUGGGCCAGUUUGACAACCCCAACAUCAUACGGCUGGAAGGAGUGGUCACCAAGAGUAAGAUAAUCCUGCUGUGUGGAUCAGCAGAGCAGCGCGGUUUCACAAGCCGGGUUAAGUAAUGACUGUGUGUUUCUGUUUCACCAGGCAGACCUGUGAUGAUCGUGGUGGAAUACAUGAGGAACGGAUCCCUGGACUCUUUUCUGAGGCAGCAUGAUGACCACUUCACAGUGGUCCAGCUGGUGGGGAUGCUGCAUGGCGUAGCGUCAGGGAUGACCUACCUCUCUGACAUGGGCUACGUGCACCGUGACCUGGCCGCUCGCAACGUCCUGGUAGAGGAGGGUCUGGUGUGCAAGGUGUCCGACUUCGGUCUGUCCAGAGUCCUAGAGGACCACACUGAGCCUACAUAUAACACCAUGGGGGGUAAGAUCCCGGUCCGUUGGACAGCUCCCGAGGCCAUCACCUACAGGAAGUUCUCUUCAGCCUCCGACGUCUGGAGCUACGGCAUCGUCAUGUGGGAAGUGAUGUCGUACGGGGAGAGACCUUACUGGGAGAUGUCCAAUCAGGAUGUGAUCCUGUCUAUAGAGGAGGGUUACCGUCUCCCCGUCCCCAUGGACUGUCCUGGGGUUCUACACCAGUUGAUGCUCCACUGCUGGCAGAAGGAGAGAGGGCAGAGACCUCACUUCAACAGCGUGGUCUCCUUCCUGGAUAAACUCAUCAGGAACCCCAGUAGUCUACUGACUCUGGUGGACAACAG